AAUGCCGAAUAAGGAAAAGCGGAACCGGAAGUAAACACGCGCUGUUGCAGUUUCAUUCUGAAGAUCUUUAAAUGAGGAAGAUGGGAGAUUUAAAAUCAAUAAACUGCGUUAAACUCAUUAUCAUCGCUUUAUUUUACACAUGUGUGAGCUGCAGUUCAGUGGAACAGAAGAUCUAUGUUGAGCUGAACGAUACGGUUCCGUGUGUUCGACUGAUGAACGCCACACAUCAGAUCGGAUGCCAGUCGUCUAUAUCAGGAGACACCGGUGUCCUCCACGUGUUGGAGACAGAAUCAGACCUGGACUGGAUCCUCAGCACUGGAUCACAUCCUCCUUACAUGGUCGUCAUGGAGACGGCCUUCUUCAACAGAUCGGUGAUGUUGAGGAUGAAGAACUCGUCCAGGGUCGCUGGAGUCGCUGUUAUUGUGUCAAACACGGGUCCUGCUGAUGGAUUCUCGCCCCACACCACCUGCCCCAACCAGAACACAGGUGUGUAUUCUGCAAGUUACGGCCCUGAACUAGCCAACUGUAACGCCACCGUAUGGAACCCGCUCGGAAACGGACUGUCCUACGAAGACUUUGCUUUCCCUGUGUUUGCUCUGAACGACGAGAAUCAAACUCAGGUUAUCCGACAGUGUUAUGAGCUUCAUAACAAGCGUGUGAACGGCAGCGUUCCUGAGUACCCUCUGUGUGCGAUGCAGCUCUUCUCUCACAUGCACGGCGUGACCGACACAGUGACGUGUAUGAGACGCACAGACCUGCAGAACAGAUUCAGCAUCAACCCAGAGGUUCUGUGUGACCCCUUGAAUGAUUUUAACGUCUGGGCGUCCACACGGCCCCUCAACAACAGUGCAAAGGGACACGUGGAGAAAGAGAGCGUCGUCAUCGCCGCAACGAGGCUCGACGGCCGCUCAUUUUUCUGGGAGAAGGCUCCAGCGGCCGAGGGAACCGUGUCUGGAAUCGUCACUCUGUUGGCUGCGGUCCAAGCACUUCAUCCUGUUACUCAGGAAGCUCCGCCCCCUCGCAAUAUUUUCUUCACCUUCUUUCAAGGGGAAGCGUUCGAUUACAUCGGCAGCUCAAAGAUGGUCUACGACAUGCAGAAACAGGAGUUUGUUAUCGACAUGAAUAAUGUACACUCCAUGCUGGAAAUUGGACAGGUUGGACUGCACAGUGGGCGUGAACUGUGGCUGCACUCUGACCCCGUAUCCCGUAGCAACCAAAGCAUUGGAGAAGUAGUCAAGGCUCUGGUGAAAAACAUGAGGUCUGUGGCUGCUAGUUUGAACCUCUCAUUGGACGAGCCAUUUGUCAGUCAGCCAUUACCGCCCUCGUCCUUCCAGCGUUUUCUGAGGGCGAGACAGAUCCCCGGCGUUGUGCUGGCAGACCACAAAUCGGCCUUCAACAACAGGUACUACGAGAGUUUGUACGACACCGCAGCAAACCUGAAUGUGACGUACCCGCCAAACCUGAGUCCAGACAAACAGCUUGUAUACGAGACCGACGCAGCCAAGUCUCUAGCUGAAGUGGCCACGCUAGUCGCUCGAUCGCUUUACAUGCAGGCAGGAGGCGAGGAGAGCGCACUCAACAACAUCACCGCUGACCCUAAGAUUGUCGCUCAGUUGCUGUAUGGUUUUCUCGUUGAGAAGAACAACAGUUGGUUCAGAUCGUUGUUGCCUCCAGAAGUGACAAAAAAACGAGAUAAUGCCAUGUUAGGUGCUGGUCCUCCUCAGUUCUACAUCGGUCUGGGCCCACGGAUCCACGGUCCAGUCCACAGCGUGACGCGGUUCGUGCAGUAUAUAAUGGCUAACCUGACGGGAACUGUAACCAACCUCACAGAGACUCAGUGCCAGAAUCCCAGCGACAUCAAUACUGAGAGCAAAGAUUUGUUCGCAUACUUCUGGGUUUCGGGCUCCGUCUCUGUGAACAGCACCGGUGACCCGUUCUGUGUGCGGGCAUCUGUACGUCUGUCUAAAGCUAUCUCGCCAGCGUUUGAGCUGCUGGAAUACGGAUCCAGAGAUUAUUCCACAUGGACGGAGUCUCGCUGGAAGAGCAUCCGAGCGCGGAUCUUUCUCGUGGCCAGCCGAGAACUCGAGAUGUUAACACUCGGGGUGGGCGUGGCUGUGCUGCUCUUGUCUCUAUUGGUGACGUACUUUAUCAGUUCAAAGGCGGAGCUUUUGUUUAGCUCCGCCCGCGAUACGCCCACGACCACCUACUGAACGCAACCAGAGACUGCGAGCAUCCAAUUAAAACCCAUCAAAACACAAACACUCACAGAUCUGAAGCACAGAUGCACUCUUGAAUCAAUUAUUAACUUAUUCAAUCCUCACAGAUCAAACAGAACUUGGUCUCCUGGAUAGUUGUUCAUAUUUGUUUUUCCUCAUCGUUUUAAUAAUUCCAGAUUUUGUUUUUCUAUGACGUGGGUGUGGCACAAAACUAAAAAGCUGAUUUUAACUGAAUGUGAUUAAUAUUAAUGAGCGAUUGAAUGUUGACAUGUGUUGAGUGUCUGAUUAUGUGUGUGUGUGUAAACAGUGAGUGUGCAAUAGUUUAAAGCUGAUUAUGUUGUCGAUCUUUUUGUUUGUGAAUGUAACACUGUCUGUUCUUUCGGACGUUUACGACCACGACUACACUAGAAAACUCCAAACACAGCUCAUAACGUUCCAGUCAAGAGAGGCGGAGUUUAAAAAAAACCAAAUGAUUAAUGAUAUACAGCGUUUGCUUCUUGACUGGAGUUGGAGCUGUUUGAUCAAUGAUGUCAUUAUUAUUCUUGAAGAACUUGAUGUCUUGAGAACUGAAUAAACAUCUUUUCCAGA